UAUUUGUCAUUGUGUUUGGAGUCGAAAUAAUAAUAGAAAAAAGUUAGGUUAGUCAUGCUUGAAUUUUAGAGAGAAAAAAUAAUAUAUAAAUAAAAUUAAAUUUAUGAAAAUAAUGAUUGACAGAGAAUUAUUAAAAUUAUGGAAAAUAAAUAUAAUGCCAAAGAGACAAUUAAUUUAUUAGAUUUAUUGUCAGAAAGUGAUAGUGAUUUAUCAGAUAUUAUUGAAAUACAAAAAAAAAAAAAAGUUAAAAGAAGACAAAAAUUUGUUAAUGAAAGAGUUAAGAAAAAUAAUAAUACAUGUAAUUGUAUUAAAUCACAAACAAAAAUAAUAACAUUAUGGUUUGCAACAUUGUUUAUAAUUUUCUGGCUAAUUGCAUUAUCAUGGCUGGCAAUAAUUCUUUAUGGAGAAAUUGGAAAAAUGGAUACAACAAUAAAAACUGGAAAAUAAUCAAGUUAAAUGAUAAGAAUUUAUUAUGAUGGAAAUGAAAAAACCAAGGUGACUGAAUGUGCGCAGAAAGUUGAA